CGGGGCCGCCGGAAGCGCUGGGACGUCGCGUAGCUGCGCCGGGCUCUAGCAGCUGCCGCGGAGCCGCCGGACCGACCCGCCAUGGCCGAGAGCGACUGGGACACGGUGACGGUGCUGCGCAAGAAGGGGCCCACGGCCGCGCAGGCCAAGUCCAAGCAGGCCAUCUUAGCAGCUCAGAGACGGGGAGAAGAUGUGGAAACAUCCAAGAAAUGGGCUGCUGGCCAGAAUAAGCAGCACUCCAUCACCAAGAACACGGCCAAGCUGGACCGGGAGACGGAGGAGCUGCACCACGACCGGGUGACCCUGGAGGUGGGCAAGGUGAUCCAGCAGGGCCGGCAGAGCAAGGGGCUGACCCAGAAGGACCUGGCCACGAAAAUCAAUGAGAAGCCACAGGUCAUUGCAGACUAUGAGAGUGGACGGGCCAUUCCCAAUAACCAGGUUCUGGGCAAGAUCGAGAGAGCAAUUGGCCUCAAGCUCCGGGGGAAGGACAUCGGGAAGCCCAUCGAGAAGGGGCCAAAGGCGAAAUGACCGCAAAGCCUCGGAGUCAGUGCGUUCCGACUGAUCUCGUCUGGCCAGUGGCCUCUGGCCUCUGAUGCCAGCGUGGCCUCUCGUGGCCGAGCGGAACAAGGGCGGCCGUGCCGCUGGGGACCCCUUUCCUGGUUCCCCUGUGAAACACACUAAACCUUGCAAAGUGUC